AUGAACAACGGCUACUGUUCACCUGCCCUCGUGGCUGAUGCCCAUGCGACGGAUACGAUCGCCAAACGCGUCCACUAUAGCCCGCCAUGGGCCGACCUGAGUAUUAUUGGUGUUGCUGGUAGCUCUGGCUCUGGGAAAUCGACACUCUCUCAUGCUAUUGUCAGCAAGCUGAAUUUACCAUGGGUGGUGAUCAUGUCCAUGGACUCCUACUACAAGCCUCUAGACGCCGAGGCCUCGAAGAAGGCGUUCUUGAAUGAAUAUGACUUUGAUUCUCCUGAUGCUAUAGACUUUGACGCACUGUUAGAAACCCUGCGGGAUCUGAAAGCUGGCAAACGUACCGAGAUACCUGUGUAUUCUUUUGAGAAACACCAGCGCCUCAAGGAAACAACGACAAUAUACUCUCCUCAUGUUCUUGUCUUGGAGGGGAUCUUCGCCUUGUAUGAUCCAAGGGUCAUGGAGCUGAUGGACAUGAGGAUCUACUGCGAGGCGGAUGCCGAUACGUGUCUUUCACGGAGAAUUCUUCGAGACGUAAAAGACCGCGGCCGAACAGUAGAUGGCUGCAUCAAGCAAUGGUUCGGCUUCGUUAAACCAAACUAUGAGAAGUAUGUCGUUCCUCAAAGAAACCAUGCGGACAUUAUUGUCCCCAGAGGAGUUGAGAACCGGGUUGCUAUGACAAUGGUCACUCAGUACAUCGAACGGAAGUUGCUAGAGAAGUCAACACAUCACCGGGCGGCACUUAAGAGUUUGGAGAUCGGUUUCGAGAGCGAAACCCUUUCGGAUCGAGUCACCAUUCUCAAGGAGACCCCACAGCUCAGGGGCAUGAACACCCUCAUUCAGGAUAUUGACACCUGCAGCGAGGAUUUCAUCUUCUACUUCGACCGACUUUCGUGUCUUAUAAUCGAACAGGCACUAAACAACGUUCAUUUCAAGGAGCAUACGGUUGAGACACCCGCUGGAAGGCAAUACCGUGGUCUGGCCGCUAAGGGCGAAGUCUGCGCAGUCAUUGUCCUUCGGGGCGGUGCUACGUUCGAGGGAGGAUUGAGGAGAGUGAUCCCGGAUUGCCGAACCGGACGUCUACUGAUCCAGUCGAACACGCGAACUGGCGAGCCGGAACUGCAUUACCUCAAGCUACCCAACGACAUCAGUAAGCACGAGAGCGUUCUGCUCCUAGAUGCGCAGAUGUCGAGUGGCGGCUCUGCCUUAAUGGCCGUGCAAGUACUUGUCGACCACGGUGUUCCCCAGGACCGCAUCGUCUUUGCGACGUACUCGGCUGGACGUGUCGGCAUACAUCGGCUCACGAAGGUGUUCCCGGAGAUCGCCGUCGUUGUGGGCAACAUGGUCCCCGACUUCCAGGACCGAUGGGUUGAGAAGAGAUACUUCCGCUGCUGA